GCCGCUUCCUGAUUCACGGUGACUUUCCCGGCGCUUCUCUUUCAAGAUCUAAAUUUGGUUUCUCAGAGAGUAGUCAAUUUCUCAAAGAAUUUGUUUCAUGGUUCGCAUCUCAGCGUGGAGGGUAAGAUGCUAUGGAGAUGCAACUGGGUAAAGCAGAGGAGGAAAAUCAUUAACACACUCAGUUUCUCUUCGAUUCACACUCACUUCUCACCGAAAGUAAAGGAAAUCAGUGAGUUUUCUCGAGAAAAUACCGCUGGCCCUCGUCGAGCUGCUCCGAGACCACUUACCCACGAUGAUGUGUAUUCUCGUUUACGAGAAUCCCCUUCCGAUCUAAAAACUCUGAAUUUCUUCUUCUGGUGCGCGAGGCAGAACAAUUACUUCCACGAUGAUCGAGCUUUUGAGCAUAUGGUUGGUGUUGUAGAGAAACUAGCUCGGCAAUACAAGAGCAUUGAUGGAAUCAUAGAGGGAUUGAGACUAUCCGGUUGUGCAAUAAAGCCUCGAGUUUUAUUGCUAUUGCUCGAAAUCUUUUGGCGUGGUCAUAUAUAUGAUAAGGCUAUCGAGGUUUAUAAAGGCAUGAAUAGUUUUGGAUAUGUGCCUAAUACUCGUGCCAUGAAUAUGAUGAUGGAUGUUCUUUUCAAAAACAAUCUCGUUGAUCGAGCCAUGGAAGUUUUCCAAGGAAUCCGUGUUCGGAACUUCUUUAGUUUCGACAUUGCGUUGAGUCAUUUGUGCAGAAGUAGGGAUUUGGUUAAGGUUAAGAUAGUUUUGAAGAUGAUGAUUACACAAGGUUUUUAUCCCAACAGCGAGAGAUUUGGGCAGGUUCUUGGAGUGUUUUGUAGAACAGGCUGCGUCGGUCAAGGGUUUCAAGUGGUUGGAUUGAUGAUUUGUAGUGGAAUCUCUGUGUCUGUUCAUGUCUGGAGCAUGUUGGUUAGUGGGUUUAUUCGUUCAGGAGAGCUACAAAAGGCGGUUGAUUUGUUCAACAAGAUGAUUCAGACCGGCUGUUGCUCCCCGAAUCUCGUGACGUAUACCAGUUUGAUCAAAGGGUUUAUGGAUUUUGGAAUGGUUGACGAAGCGUUUAGUGUGCUAAGUACAGUACAAUCUAAAGGCUUAGCUCCAGAUAUUGUUCUUUGCAAUGUGAUGAUACACACAUUCACAAGACUCGGAAGAUUCGAAGAAGCUCGUAACGUUUUCACCAGUUUGAAAAAAAGGAAACUUGUGGCUGAUCGUUACACUUUUGCUUCAAUGGUGUCUAGUCUAUGUUUGUCUAGGGAGUUCGAUCUUCUUCCUAAGAUCGCCGAUAGUAUAGGAACGGAACUAGAUUUAGUAACUGGAAACUCGCUCAUAAACUGUUUCUCCAAGUUUGGUCACAUGUCGUACGCGUUGAAAGUCUUCUGCAUCAUGUCUAACAAAGAUUUGGCUUUGGAUUGUUAUACAUAUACUGGAUUUCUCACUGCGCUUUGUCUAGGAGGUGCGUCAGCUCGCGACGCCGUUAAUAUGUACGAAAAUAUAAUCAGAAGGAACAUCCGUGUCGAUGCUCAUUUUCAUACUGCUAUAAUCGACGGUCUUGUAGAGGUUGGUAAAUACAGUAUCGCGAUUCGUUUGUUUAACCGAUGCAUCUUGGAGAGAUAUCCGUUAGAUGUUGUGUCGUAUACAGUAGCAAUAAAGGGACUUGUGCGUGCCAAAAGGAUCGAUGAAGCUUGUUCUUUCUUGUCCAAAAUGAAAGAAGAUGGGGUUAUGCCGAAUCGUCGGACUUAUAGGACUAUUAUAUCUGGUUUGUGCGAGGAGAAAGACAGAGAUAAGUUGAAAAAGAUUCUGUGGGAAUGCAUUGAGGAGGGAGUCGAGUUGGAUCCUAAUACUAAGUUUAAGGUGGUUUAUCUCUUGUCUCCGUAUCGCAGAGAUCUCUCUGAAUUUAGAUCGGUUUUUGAGAAAUGGAAGGAGAACGUUUUUGAUGUUUCUGAUUCAUGCGAUGAGUUAGCUGUUUCUGCUGGCUGAUUUUUGUCCAAACCGUGUAAUUGUAUACAUUGGCGCUGUAAUUCUUUUAUGUAUUAUAGAAGUGAAAUAUCUAAUUUCAUAUAUUUGUUUAGCUUGGUGUAUUUGAUUUGUAUUGUAGCAGUAGUAUAGAAACUGGUAUUGGUAUAACAUGUAA